CCCCUCCGCGCACCCCACAGGCAGCACCACACUCCGCACCGAGCGAGCCCAGCCGUCGGUAACGGAGAAGAUGGCAGAGAGGCAACAACAGAAACACGAAGGCGGGGUAAAAAUCGGCCAUUACAUCCUCGGCAACACGCUCGGAGUGGGAACCUUCGGGAAAGUGAAGAUUGGCGAGCAUCAGUUGACGGGUCAUAAAGUGGCUGUAAAGAUCCUAAACAGACAGAAGCUCCGCAGCCUCGAUGUCGUCGGGAAGAUUAAAAGAGAGAUCCAGAACCUCAAACUGUUCAGACACCCACACAUUAUCAAGCUGUACCAGGUGAUAAGUACACCCACAGACUUCUUCAUGGUCAUGGAGUAUGUUUCUGGCGGUGAGCUGUUUGACUACAUCUGCAAACAUGGACGGGUGGAGGACACAGAAGCUCGGCGUCUUUUCCAGCAGAUUAUCUCAGCUGUGGACUACUGCCACAGACACAUGGUGGUCCACAGAGACCUCAAACCUGAGAACGUCCUGCUGGAUGCCAGCAAGAACGCCAAGAUAGCUGACUUUGGUCUGUCGAACAUGAUGUCAGAUGGGGAGUUCCUACGGACGAGCUGUGGCUCACCCAACUACGCUGCUCCAGAGGUCAUCUCAGGAAGGCUCUAUGCCGGCCCAGAGGUGGACAUCUGGAGCUGUGGGGUGAUCCUGUACGCCCUGCUGUGCGGCACGCUGCCCUUCGAUGAUGACCACGUCCCCACGCUGUUCAAGAAGAUCAGAGGAGGGGUCUUCUACAUGCCAGAGUACCUGACUCGCCCGGUGGCCUCGCUGCUCACACUCAUGCUGCAGGUGGACCCUCUGAAGAGAGCCACCAUCAAAGACAUAAGGGAACACGAGUGGUUCAAGCAGGACCUGCCGUGCUACCUGUUCCCCGAGGACCCCUCGUACGAUUCGUCAGUGCUGGAUGAUGAGGCCGUCAGGGAAGUGUGUGAGAAGUUUGAAUGCACCGAGACAGAGUUUGUGUCCAGCCUUUACAGCGGGGAUCCACAGGAUCAUCUGUCCGUAGCUUAUCACCUGAUAAUAGACAACCGUCGCAUCAUGACCCAGGCCAGCGAGUUCUACCUGGCCUCCAGUCCUCCCCAGGGCUCCUUCAUAGAAGAGGGCAUGCCGCUGCCCCCCGGGGUUAAAGCCCACCCAGAAAGGAUGCCUCCCCUCCUGGCCGACAGCCCAAAGUCUCGUUGUUCUCUGGAUGCUCUCAACACCACCCGGCCCAAACCCCUAGCAGUGAAGAAGGCCAAGUGGCACCUCGGCAUCAGGAGUCAGAGCAGACCUUACGACAUCAUGGCUGAAGUGUACAGGGCUAUGAGAACCCUCAGCUUUGAUUGGAAGGUGGUGAACCCAUAUCACCUGCGGGUGCGGAGGAAGAAUCCAGUGACAGGAAACUUGGUGAAAAUGAGCCUGCAACUGUACCAGGUGGACAGCAGAUCUUACCUCCUCGACUUCAAAAGCAUCGAUGAUGACAUCAUCGAGGCGGCAGGUAAAUCAGGGUCGUCCACUCCCCAGAGGUCGGGCUCCACGGCCGGGCUGCACAGACCCAGACUGAGCAUCGACUCGGCGACCCCGGCGCUGGACCUGCAGCUGCUCAGCUCCUCCCUGCCGGGGUCACUGUCCGGCUCCUCCCCCCUGCUCACCUCACGCCAGGGAUCACACACCAUGGACUUCUUUGAAAUGUGUGCCAGUUUGAUCACUACGCUCGCACGCUGAGACCUCCUCACCUCGCUGCCACCUGGGUGUCAGUGGGGAUUUAAAGCCAAAUGCUGAUCUGGGAUGUAGGGAGUGUAGAGGUUCGGAGUGACUUCCUCUUUCUGUCUCCUCGCCAUCUCAGCUCCAGUGGUACUGGACUGGAAGGGUGAAUGGCUGUCACCUCAGAUCAAGGAGACAUAGAGAGGAAGCCUUUCUCAGAGAGGCAGAUAAUUAGUUUUCUUUUUUCUUGUUUUGACACAGUCAUGGGGUCAGAGUCUUGGAGUUUAAACAUCCAGCCACAGCUAAUGAAAACUGAUCCUGGGAGAGUGGAGUCUGUGAACUGGUCGGCAAAGAGAGAGGCAUUAGGGCACAUCUCAGUCGCGUUGCAGUCUGCUAAGGUCAAGUUUAACGUCACUACUCCCACAAACACCUUCAAUCUGUUAUUAACUGCUGUCAUCAACCCAAAAUACACUGAUCCUGCUGAGUUUGCCCCAGCCACUGAUCAGAGGUCAGUUUUAAUGUUUGUCUUAUAUAGUGAUCAAGACACUGGUUUUAAAAAGUUAUAACAUAUAAAAUCUUAUUUCAGAUUUUAUAUUAUAUGGUUUGUAAACUGCUUUUGUUCUCCAUGUAAAAAAUAUAUUUAUAAUGCAAUCGUAUAACGUGGGUGGAAAGGUUGGCCAAGGUAUACCAAAUAACAGACUUUAUACAACAUAAAAUAGAUUAUUAUUUAGAUAUCAGAUCCAUAUUUAUUUUUGAAAGAUUGUUAUUUAGGCACUGUUAUAGUAUUUAAGCACAGAAUCUACGUAGAGUUUUAUCCUGAUUUUGAAUAGAUUGUAGAAGAUUAAUGAACCUGGAGAGACAGCCGGAUAGUCGGGUGAUAAUACUCUGCAUAACACUGAUCAGUGUCGAAGCACAGAUACACACCAUCUCACAGGAGUUUACACAACCACCCCAUAAUCUGACUAUUGUUGUGAAGCAACGGACUGUGCAUAGGACGCGUACCUCUGAUAUUCCAAAGAAAAGACACUCUACACUUCAUUUAAGUGAAUGAAUGCGUUAAUGUUGCGUAGUCAUGCAUGUACAGAAUAUAACUGAAAAACAUGGCAGUCAGUCAGAUAAGCAGUGAGCUAAGAAAGAAGCCAUGUGCUAGGCUACAAUUAAUAACAAUUAAAAACAAAGUAUUCCCGUUAGGCCUUUUAAAAGGAGAAAUAAUUCCAUCAAAAAUAAGCGCCUAAUGUGAGGUCUAGAAUUGUCUUUCUCUAUGCAUAUUAAUAUUUAUUUCAUAAAUUACUACAAAAGUCAAUCAAUUUUCAAAAUUGCUACCAAUCAUUUUCGAAGUAAUAAAGUUAAUUAGCCCUGUGUCCGUGUGUGUACGAAUAGAUAAUGAGGUGAUGAUGACAAUCGAUGGGAGGAAGAUGAUAAAUCCAUGUGAGCUGGUGUGUAUCUGCUGCAGGACAAGCCACAGAAACCUUUUUCCAGCUGCCUUAAAGAAUGCAACACAGUCAUUCUGUGCAUGUGUUUAUGGAGAGUGUGUGCAUGAGCCAGUGUGUGUAGAGGAGAUCAGAUGAGUGUGUCACAUGACUUUCUUGUUCUUUGUCUGGCGGAUCAUUGCAGUGACUUUAAAGUUGGUAGAAAGUCGUGUCAAAAUGUGACGUCUCUGUGUGUUGGGGCUGUCCUCUGUGUGUUCCUACUGUUGAGCUGUCUGUUCGUCUGCACUUUAAAACUCAUUUGCAGAUUUAGUGUUUUAUUGCAUCACACCCUUGUUGUGGAUACAUAAGCUUUACUGUACCUGUUGUUUCUUGUCCUAUGUUUCGAUAAAUGCCACGGUGUCAUCACUUGUUAAGUGUUCUGCAUUGUCGUUUUAGAGUCAUACCAUAGCAGGGUUGUGUCUCUCUGUUGUCAUACAAUAUUUUAUCAUAAUAUUUUCAGACUGCAUGUUGAGUGAAAGUUGAUGCUGCUCAGAUAAAUCCUCCUGUCUGUCUUUCUCUCGGUUUCUUUCCUUGGUUUUAGAGCAGCGUAUUUGUUUUCAUAGAGAGGUGUUGCCUUUCUACUGUUCUCAGUCAAAUAUGUAGGGGGUUAGUAAGACAGGUCUACUUAAGACAGGUGUAACAAAACCCCAAAAUGGCCAAUAUAUAAUAUAUUGCACACCUGUUAUACCUUUUUAUCCAUCAUUAUUUUCACAGGCUUUGGGGUAGCAGGCAGGGGUUUAUUUCUUUCAAGUUAAAAAGGAGAUUAACGGGCAAACAUAUCAGAAACUUUGGUCACGUUGGAGGUUUACACACAUCGCUGUAGACUAUUCAACCAGUUACAGUGUUUUAUGACUUUAUUGGACCUAGAAUAAUUUUAUGUAGACGAGGUUCUAGUUGGUUACUCUACUUGUUGAUUGGAGUGAUUAUUGUCUGCAUCAAACUCAAAAUGGAGUCAAAUUGCCUGAUGAGAGCAUUGUGAAGGCUUUUGGUUGAAACAGUGAAAGCCACAUUCUUGUUCCUCUGCUAAAUCCCUUUAUUACACUAUCCUGUUUCUACGUCCUGUGUAGGGUUGCCUUUCCUGUCUGUGCCGCCACAUACACUGAAUAUACUCCGAUGUGCUCCCUGCUGCCAGACACAUGCCACUGCACACAGCUUUUAAACAACAAUCAAUGUCAAACCUCUAUAUUACACUCCAGUGCUGUGUCUAAUGACUUCUGUUUAGUGAGCGACUCGGUUCACAUCAGGAUCACAUCUGGCCCAUUAUGCAUCUGAUUCUGCAUUGGAGAGGUCAUGGGUAUUUUUCCUGAUAUAACCAGUAUUUACUGUCAGAUGCAGCACUGUACCAUUACAACUGUAUGCAACUACCAGUGGCAUGUUAGUAGUUAGACUCUAAUCUGUGUUGAAAGCUGGGAAACACAGGGGGCCGAAUCAAAUACAGACGGAGAACUCCAACAGCAAGGUGGUGCUCUCUGUUUAUCUGUGGUGGGUUUUUAUGAUAAGUAACUUAAAUACACCUGUGUGUGUCGUACGCGCGCGUGUGUGUGUGCGCGUGCACUGGUUAUUGGGAAAGAAAGUGUAUAAGGCUGUGUUUGUCACAGUUUCUCUUCCUGUCUCUGUCUGAUUGGGGUUUGGAUUUCUCUUGUUACGCACUGCAUGAAAUUGCUGUUAUAAUUUGCACUUGAAUCAGUAUUUAUUGAAAAACAAUAAACCAACAUAUAAAAGGAAAA